CCCAUUGGCGGGGGGUUAUUUUGAGGGGCUGUGUGUGUUGUUUCAAGUGGUGGUCCAAGGUACCGCGGAGAAGUGACCUCGCUCGCGCAGGAGAUCAGUGGGAGAUGCUUGUUUGAGCGGGCAGCAUUGGUAUCGAAGGGUGGCAGCGGGAGAAGAGAAUCUGGGCUGGGAAAAAAAGGAAACUUCAAAUCGAAAAAAAGGGAGUGCGGGUCGGGGAAGAGGGUGACAGUGAGUGAGUGAGAGUGAGAGAGAGGGAGGGCGAGAGAUUGAGAGACGGGCUGAUUUGUAUGCCACGCUUCGGCUCCUUGACGGGGACGGAUGUGACUGGGCCACACCACAGAAGGACAGGCCAGGCCGAAGGAAUUUAUUCAGCUCACCGUUUGCUGGAGAGGAUGUUUUGUGAUCGCGUCCUAUUUCCUGAUCUCGCUUGAUCUUGCGGGUGUCGUGUGUCGAGGGAGACAGAGAGAGAAGCGACUGAGUUGAGAACACUUCGCAGCUGCCUUGGAUAAUGGAGAUUGCAAUUAGACCUCCUGGUAAAGGUCCAUGAUUGCGUUUUGCUGGGAGCCAGAAGAGCAGGCUUAUUCACUUCUCAAGUUCUUUCUGCCAGGUGUUACUGCAUGGUCGGAGGCAAUCCCUUAUUGAAGAUCAUUGCAAAAGAGGACCGCGUAACUAUAGUGAACCACGAGGAAGGCAGCCGUGUGGAGAAGUCAUCUGACGAUCCUCUGAAUGAGUCUAAACAAAUUGUACCAAGAUGGGAACUUGUGAAGAUUGAUAGCCUUCUUGAUGUUUUCUUUUAUUUGUGGUUGGAUAUUUUCUGGAAGACACAGUGAGACACGUGGAGAAUAAGAAGCUACCAGUUUCUUUGGCACGGGAAGAUCUCCGAGAUUUAUCUGACGUUCACUCCGGGCUUUACAACGAUGUGAUGUCUUUCCAUCAUGUAACCAAGAGUCAGUUACUCGGAGUUCUUUUCAGGCAUGGAUCUGUACUAAGCACAUGCCUUGGUCACGAAAUCAAGGGACUGAGUGGGAGGCAACAUCACAGCAGUUCAGAGCAAUGGAUUUCUGUGAGAAGAUAUCUUCUACAGCUUCCUGCUUAACGAUUCAAUGUUGGCCGCAGCGGUAACUCAUCCACCAUCAUGUUGUUUAUUAUGUUGUGUACUCAAUCUCUUUGCAGGUGAUUGUUGCGACGUGGGUAUAAUAAUCAUGCUAAUUUUGGUAGUGAAGAAUGGCAACCAGGGAACUAAAACUGGAGCUUGUAAAUUGGAUUGCAUGUGACUGUUUGUGAGAACCUCCGCUGUUGCAGUUUAAGUAUUGAUGUUAUUCAGCUAGGGCUGCUUAGGCAUCUGUAGGGAGCGUUAUAGAGAAUGCUGGUUAUCAUUCCUUGAUUGUUUGAGUGUCAUUGAAAAUGUCGCUGCCUAAUUUAUGUUGGGGAAAUUCCCCAGUAACUUUAUUUGAAAUUUAGUACUGAACGAAGUUUUUUUAAUUUUUACUUUUUAAAUCAAAGCAACUGAUUUUGUUAUGAUCACUUCGAUGGGGCAAGUUGUAAGUUUUAAACUUCUUAUCCGGUGGUCAGGUAAUGUGGUUAGUCUGUAUUGCAUGGCGUUCGUCCUACAGUGGAUGGAGCUAAAUUUCUUGUGAGUAGUGUAUGCGUAUGUGUUAAGCAGGACACAAGACGUCAAUUGGAUUGACGUGGAUGGGUUGCAGGUAUGUGUGUCGGAGAUCUUUCAAGGAGGUUCAAGAUGGAAAAAGCUGGAAAUUUAUACCGAGCAGUGCUACUUAGUGAAGCUAAUUGUGUUCAUGUAUAGUCUUAAGGUUUAACAACUCGUGAAGUGAUUACGUAGUCAACAGUUAAAAUGAAGGGAUUAGAGGUUGAGAGACAUUACGUUGGGAGAAGGCUGGAUCCUACCAGCGAAUCCAACUGAUGACAAGUCUCCCUCUGGAUGCCACAAAAGUAUUGGUCCUCACAACUUUCAGUUGCACCUUUAUCAAGGAACAAGCUUGUUUUCUCAGCUUAAACGAGCAGGCGAGGGAGGUCUGGUUUGAUCACUGAAGCUUUUAUCUCAAAACUGAGUCUCCAUUGGAAGGGUGCGGAAGAAGUGUUUGCCUCUAUGUUUGAAGGAGUGCUUGAUUUUCAAGCAAGAUGCUGAGGGCGUGUAAAGAUUCUUUUUCGCGUUUUUUCUUUUACACAUUUUCCAACUGUGGUCAUCUGGAGAGUGCAGAAUUCACAUCAAUAAUAGGAUCGUUUAGGAAGGAAUCAAAAAAAUAUUCUAUGAAGAGUGCUGGAGACAAUUUAAGUUUUAUGUAUCUUUAGGGUCACUGUAGAACACCUACUUGUUUUAAGGGCUUUGUGUGUAUGGGUGCUAUGGCAGCACCGGGCAUUACAUCCCCAGCCCGUAUUAAGCUGACGGACUUGAUUGGUAUUGAUGGGCUUCCUUCGGAGAAUUAUAAGCAUGCUGUGGGCAGUCUCGCCCAGUCGCUCAGAAAUUUUAAUGCGGCCAUCAUCCAAAUUCCUGAGUCUGAUAACGUGCUGCUACGUUGUGUACUGGACUCAGUCCGUAUGUUCUUCCAUUCGAAGCCUAUGGUGGGAGCAGAUGCUCUUCAUUCGGAAGACCCUCAGAAUUGGAAUGGUGCUGUUGGUUACUACGUUGAUCCUCAACAUUUCAGAGAGAUUUUUGAUUUUCGUCCUGGGAGGAUGAAUGUGGAGGGGCCUGCUAUGGCCGAGCUGACUCCUACGGGUCUGCCCGAGCUGUUUGCUUCAUUGGGCAGAGCCACCCGCAUCAUCCUGGAUGCCAUUGCUUGCUCUCUGGAGCUUCGGAGUUAUUCGUUCACAGAUCUCUUGGAUAAUGUUCCUCUGAAAGCGGGAGAAACGGCCACUUCAGUCAUAUCAAGUUGUUGCCACAACAGGCCCGGAGCUCAUCUUUCAGCAAACGUAUUGAAUCCUGAGCAAGCUGCUCUCUCAUUCUACGAAGAGGAUGCCGAUAAAGGGCUGCUGACCCUACUUAAGUCUGACAAGCCAGGCCUUCAAAUACGUGAUAUACAAGGUCGGUGGUUUGUUGCGGACGCAGACUUGGGUCCCCAAGACAUGGUCCUCUUUACUGGAUUGUCACUUUAUCAAGCGACUGGAGGCUACCUUAACCCGUCGAUGCAUCGAACAGACAACAAUACAAACCUUGGUCAGGCACAAGGUUCUAUGUCGUAUGGUCGGUGCACCGUGGCUUUCAAACUAAUGCCCCGUGCAACUGCCAUUCUACAUUGUUCAGCUAUGACUGCUGCGGGUCACCUUGUAGGAGGUCCAUUUCAGCAGCCAAUAGCUGUGCAUGAUUUUAUGCAGCGAAACCAUACCAUAGACCAGCUUUCGGGUCGACCUAGUGUUCCUCCUUUCUCUUUUGCAGCUCCACUUGAAGUUUUUGUUCCUGCCACAGCUCAAUCCAAAGCAACAAUUAAACGGAAGAAGCAAGUAUCUCGUGGGAAGCCCCUUGCUCCUUCAAAACGGUUACGACUUGAAGCCCAGCGCGUGCUUAAGGAACGAGUUCAAGAAAUUGCAGACAACAAAGGUUUGAAGAUCCGAUACUGCAACUUGAAGGAAUGCGAGGAGCAACAUCUGAACUCAAUGGUCAGUCCCUGUGCAGAGUUGCGAGCACAGAUGGGUUGGCCCGCUGGUGUUCCGUUUGUUCAUCCUCACGACCUGCCUAACAAAGCAAAGCAGGCUUUCUUAGAAGCAUAUGAACCUGGCUGGACAGCAGCUCAGGAUGGUGACCUUCAUUUGGUAGACGCAAGCCAAGCUCAACAAGGCCACAUGCUUGCUUUGGCAGGAGCACCGCAUGCUGGUGGCGAGGACCAACGAUAUCCCCCCAAACCGACGAUUAUGGAGGAUCAACGGUUCGCUGUGAAGACGGUGUUUGAUUAUUUGCGAGCAAAAGGAAAGCCCGUUCCGACUGGAAAGCCGCAGGUGGUCGGACACAAGGUGGAUAUUAGUUGUUUGGCGAAAGCGUCCUUCGAAGCAGGUGGACGAGCUCAGUUCGAUGCAGAGGGUGGCUUUCAGCGUUUCAUCGGGGAUCAAUUCCAGCUAGAAACUGCGUCAGAGCGUGACAAGGAGCGGGCUCUGGAGAGACUAAAAAAAUUAUACGACCAAGUUUUGUCUGAUUACGUAGAAGACUUAGUUGCCAGCAGUCAGCAAGUUGGAUAAUCCAGAAAGCUCCAACAGUUGGAAGGGAUCUCGCCUCUAAUUUUAGCUGCCUUGAUGACAUCUUGAGCCACUUAUCAUUAUGGCUAUGAUGCUCCCGUAGCUCAACUUUUGCUCUAGAAUCUGAGGCGUAGUUCAUCGUCCUCUUCUUUUUGCCCUUCGUUAUCCCAUCACUCUCCUCAAUUGACAGUAUAUCAAUGAUUCCGAUUGCUGUCUAGUGAUGUCCUCACAGUCGAGAAACCUCCGCUAAAUCAUGCUAGCGAAUGUAGAGACAACCUUAGCUGAAAUCUCAUGCCACUUCACUAUCAUUGUAGUGCAUAGUUGGCCCAGCGUUGUAUUAGCACAUUGUUAUGAAUCUCUGUACAGACGGGCUUUCGGAUGAGAAGUCAAACGAUGUUGAUACCCUUAAGAAAUUUGAGGCUCGGGUCGCUAGAUUGGCAGGCCUGUUUUUUCUUCUUCUC